AUGGCUCACUGCGGGCGGCCGUCUGUCGUUGGCGUCGUCGCACUCGUCGCCGGGCUCGCUGCGAUCAGCCUCCUCGCGACCCACGCCAGCGCAGACGCGUGUGCCACCGUGGAUUGCGGGUCAGUCGCUUCCUGCACUCCGUACGAUGAUGGCAGCACCGAGUGCCUGUGCGACGGGGGUUAUGUCUUCAACGUAACAGACAAGACAUGCAAUGAUCCGUGCGCGGAUGUGGCGGUGCAGUGUCCAGUGAGGGCGGAGUGCGUGGCGAGGAGGGGCAAGGCGGAGUGCGAGUGCGAGAUGGGGUACAUCCUGCAGAACAACACCUGCACUGAUGGGUUGGUGCAGACGCAGGUGGAGGUGGAGGGGCUCAGCUACCUCGCACUCGUCACCUUCGACAGCCCCGUGCCCAUGGCGCACGCCACUGGCGCCAUCGCGUGCAGCGACGUGGGUGAUCUGGGCGGGGGCAGCAGCACCAAGAUCACGGUGGAGUGGAAGUCGUUUGGCGUCGACACGGUGGGCACCGGCAUGUGCAAGAGCCUCUCGUUUCACGCCGACCCGGGCUGUGCAGACAAGGGAGGAUUGACCAUCGCGCGCCCUGCCAUGGUCGGCGGUGCCUUCCCCGUGACAAAAAGGACUGUGAGAUCCACCCCGCCGCAGUCAAUCAGCUGUGAAAUUGCCACGUGUCACAAGGAAUGCGGCACUGCACAGUGCGUGGUGAGGGAUGCCACGUCUCAGUGCAAGUGCCCCUGGAGCCAAGUGUUCGACGAGGCGCAGAAGCGCUGCACCAGCAAGUCGCCCAGCACCACCCCUGACCCGAACCCUAGCGGAGGCGCGGACCCGUGUGAGGCAGUGAAGUGUGCGAGGAACUCGCAGUGCGUGGGGAGGAACGGGCAGCCCACGUGCGAGUGUGACGCCGGCUACACCAAGGCCAACAAGGGCCUCUGCUCUGCCAUGUGCAAUCCGGGCUGCCCUGCGAAUGGCCAGUGCGUGGUGGUGGGAGGGAAGCCCGUGUGUCGCUGCAAGGCGGGCUUCCGACAGGACAAGAGCAAGUGCACACCCGUGUGCAAGCCUGCCUGUGGUGCCAAUGCACAGUGCAUGGCGGUGAAAGGGAAGCCGGCGUGUGAAUGCAAAACGGGGUUCAAGACCGUCAACAACAAGUGCAUGCCCGUGUGCAAGCCUGCCUGCACCGCCAAUUCACAGUGCAUGGCGGUGAAAGGGAAGCCGGCGUGCCAGUGCAGCACGGGGUUCAAGUCAGUCGACAACAAGUGCAUGCCCGUGUGCAAGCCUGGCUGUGGUGCCAAUGCCCAGUGCAUGGCGGUGAAAGGGAAGCCGGAGUGCCAGUGCAGCACGGGGUUCCAGCUGGUCAACAACAAGUGCACAC